CCCUCAAAUACCCAACACUUCUAACAUGGAUCAGAGUACUUCAAGGAGGCGUUCUAUAUUUCGACCAUGCAUUGAUCUACAUCACGGACAAGUCAAACAAAUCGUCGGAGGGACGCUUUCUGAUUCUAAUCCCGACGAUCUCAAAACUAACUUUGUAUCGACUAAAAGCUCGGCAGAAUUCGCUACAUUGUAUAAGGAGCACGAUCUGAGGGGUGGCCAUAUCAUCAAACUCGGUCCGGGAAAUGAUGAUGCCGCCAAAGCAGCAUUAAAAGCAUGGCCCGAUCGACUUCAUCUAGGUGGAGGAAUCUCUGAGGAGAAUGCCUUAGAAUGGAUCCAAGAGGGAGCGGAGAAAGUAACUCAAAUCCGGCUAUCUUCAUUAGCCGGAAAAGAAAGAUUGGUAGUGGAUGUAAGACGUGGCGACGAAUGGAUAGUAGCCAUGAAUCGGUGGCAGGACCUGACGGAUAUGAAAGUUGAUCGAGGCGACAGUCCCCCACCUACCACUCGACACAGCCGUGUUCCGUCUAAACUCAGUGAAAUCGCCGUUGGUACACCUCGUCAUAGCCGAAUCCCAUCCAACAUGGCCCCGGCCUCUCCUACCACACCCACAACAUUCAUCACCCAGACCAAUGCAAAAGGGAAAGAUGAUGACUUUGCGGAUGCCGACUUGAUGCCGUACGAUGACGAUGGAAAGAAACCGAAAAAACGAGACACCUUCCAGCCGCCGCCACCAAUUUCCACCCUCCAAGGUGGUUACAGAAAGUCGACUUAUUCGGAAAUGAGUGCCAGUCCUACGGUUGCCGGAUCAGAGUACCACUUUGGGAAAGGAAAGGAGCGAUCGUCGUAUUAUCCUCCUGGAAGGCAGAGUAGCGGAAACAGCGACAACCACAAUCUGAUGAGCCCAAGUCCUACAGAGACUAGCUUCCAGGACGCAAGGCAAAGCUAUUACUCCAAUCCUAACGCCAGUGUCGGUGCUCUCCCGCUUCCAAAUGCCGCCACAAUGCCCACCAUACCCGCUUCAGCAGGCGUACCCGUCGUGGUAGAAGACUUCCCUGCCAUCCCAGAAGAACCACACACUGCACCUGCUAGAACACACCAACAAGAAACUCAGCGAGCAGCGUUCAUGGCCGCGCUUGAGGAGCCCCUCGCGCCACCACGUAGACCGCGUGGGCUCGGUGGACUGACACCUGGAGGAAAUGAGGGUGGUCGAAUGUCUGCCUACCAAAGACUUUCACCGACGCAAGAUAGUUUCGACCCUGCUGAACUCAACCGCCACUCAUACGCUGCCCCAACACCUCCAAAUGGAGCCGGAAUGCAAGGGGGAGCACACCGAAGCUCUUAUGCUGGUGGUUCGCGAAGAGGACCCUUCGUAUCCAAUCCCUCACCUUUCAACCCUAACAAUUCAUCACA